CGAACUUGCAGGGCACAGUUAGGUUCUCAUCUUAUCCUUCUCGUUUUAUGCCACGAUGAAGAAGUUUUACUGAACAGUUCUGGGAGUUCUAUGCUUUAAUAAGUUUGUGGAAUUACAAUCUUGAGUUAGCGAGAAUCGUACCUUUGUGCAACAAGAGAAAAGACUGUAAAAGGUGAACCUUCACCACAAAUGAUACAAAUCUCACCAGAUAGGAACUGAUUCUGGACAAAAAUCCUCGGUUUUGUAAGUGAAUCAUUGGUCGGGUCCUUGGAGCAUCGGCUGUUUGUUGUUGUUGAACGUUUCGACUCGAGGAAUGAAGUUGUUUAUAAGUUUUUCUGCGGAUAAUUCAUUGAGAUCUGCCAACUGAAACUACAAAUUGCCAUACGGAUACUUAGUACGAAUCUUAACGAAAUUUCAGAGAUUUGUGGUAUGAAAUUCAACAGGAUGUUAUUGCAGUCGCGACGAUUUUGCAAAAAUUGUAUGGAAAGCUUAGUAUAACGUGGCUAUUUAUAGCAAUAUUUUGUAGACUGCAGAUUACUGGAGAACGAAUCAACCACCUUGGGAUUAUGUAGUGUCCGUUAUUCGUAUCUGGAUUAUUGCAGGUUGCUUGAUAUUCGCUUUGGUGUCAUCCAUUCUAACCCGAUUAAUUGCACAUUGGAUAACGUUUGGAAUACAUUGGCAGAGUCUGCAUAGAACAACGUUGUAAAAAAAGGUGACAGUAUCAUCAAGAAGGAGUUAGCGAUAAAGGUUGCGGGUAAUUGAAAAGUUUGAGAUACGUCCAAGCUGUCUUGGCGUCAUCAAUUUCAAAUAUGGCCGUCAAUACAUCAUUUCUGUCAAACGACACCAACUUUCCAGACAAAGUUGUGGAUGCGUGUUCAUCACACGCGUUUAACUACACAGAUUAUACUCAGUUACAAGAAGUGAGAAUCACAUACAUUGUCUUAUACUCUGUUGUGAUUUUCUUGUCAGUAAUGGGCAACCUUAUGGUCAUCUGGACCGUUAUAAAAAACAAGCACAUGCAUACUGUGACUAACUAUUACAUUGUGAAUCUAGCGGUCAGUGAUUUUCUCGUUUCGUUUCUUGUCAUGCCUCUUAAGCUGAUGGAGUUAACUGCGCCAUGUGAGAUGUCUAUAUUCAAUAGUGACGCACUGUGUGGAGUGUUGUCAUAUAUAUUACCCGUCUUCGUUUUCUCGAGUGUUCUCACGCUUGUUGCAAUUUCCAUUGAAAGAUACUACGCCAUCGUUCAUCCGCUAGACACCAUGCAAUUCCACAGUAAGUCCCGGACCCGUAAGAUCCUGGCAGCGGUCUGGUUGAUCCCAGCCCUCGUCACCAUCCCGUACACAUACGCCAAGGUCUACACGGUCACAAUGAAGAGCGAGAUCGGGAUGCUCACCAGGCAGAUCUGCUCGGACAAGUUCGACGAGAUUGACGCGCUGCUUUUCGGGGACCACAGCGGGGGUAACGGGUUUAGGCUGGGGUUCCACAUGUUUCUUCUCAUCACCAUAUACCUCCUACCCCUGGUCCUCAUCACCUUCACCUGCGUGGGAAUCGCCGUGUGCCUACUUAAACCCAUCUCGGAGGAUGAUGACGUGCUCAGGAGGCGCAAUUCCUUCCAAAGGCGUUCGUACCAAAAACGAGAGGAGAACAAAAGAAAGGUUGCCAAGAUGGUCAUCUGGGUCGCUGGGGCAUUUUUCGUCGCCUGGACACCGUUCUACGCCAUGAAUACGGUGGCGCUCUUCCAUCCAUUCCUCAAACAGGCUAACUUCUUCUUCAUCCUUCUAAAUUCUCAUCUCUUCGGAUUUCUAAACAGUUGCGUGAAUCCUUUCAUCUACACUGUCAUGAGCGACAGAUUCCGGAAGAGUUUCAGACAGAUACUCGGCACCAUAUUUUGUCUUUCAUGGUGCAGUAAAUUCGGUCUUUAUCAUCGUAGUUUCCGACACCGAGCGAGCACUGUUUUCUCAUCAGUGACCCAAAACUCGACAGUACCGCUGGAUGAAUUGAGUGAGUACACAACACAGACGAAAUGUCGCUACGAUUCGAUCUCACCAAAAUGUAACCGCAAGGUCACCAAGGGAAUUCAGUAUGAUGAGCAGACGUUUCCGAGACCGGCAUAUCCUACCCAUCAAUCCGGGCGCGUGAAUGGUGCGAAUGUGACAGUUCCGUCGAUAAGGAUAACGCAGGAUGAUAGUAUGCGCGAUAACUUGACAUCACUUCUUGAUGAAAAUACUCCUGGUUAUAAAGCAAAGUCUUUGUCGAGUUUGAAAGACGACGACAGAGCACGGACGCCAUUACUCGAUCAAUCUCAGAAUGAGUACAUUGCGCAAGAGAAUGCGCACGGCUACAUGAGCCACGGACAAAAGGAAUUCACGUGUAGCUUAUAGUGUAGUGGUUUCCAUCAGGGUUUCCACAAAGCUGCUGGAGUAUUUUAACCCGUAUUCGAUCACCUAGGAAUAGUUUUGUUAUAUAAAUACGAUAUUAUUUCAGCCAUCUUGCCACUUGGAUCUAAAGAUCUUCUUUCCUCUAUUCAGUAUACGUCAAUAUGAGAGCAAGCAACCUCUGUCACAAAAAGUGCUCCAGUGAGCUAUUUAGUUCGUUUUUCAGAGGCAGUAAAGUGAAAAGUAGGAAAAUUGCCCUAAUGAGGAAGUUGGAGAUCAAAAUGCUAUCGGAGUACACGCCGUCAGCUCGAUUAUUAUGUUCGGUGUGGCACGCAUUUUACGGGAUGUCGCCGGGAUUGCGCCCGGCGUGUAUAGACCACGUCCAGGAACGCACUUUUGUGUUGUCAAUUUUCGCGGUGUCGACCUCUGUCCUUACAUAAUACUAGUAUAUAUAUUAAGCAGGUUUCACAACCCCUAUACGCACGUCGAAAUACGAACUUCGAAAGUCUGUCGUUUCAUCCAGUCCUGCGUCGCGUCAUCCAAUCAUCUUCUAUGCUUCUUUGUGCGAGGACUCGGAUAUAUUUUCAAAAAAAUCGUGGAUAAAUUACGUUUGCAUGCUUUGGAAAUUCGUCGUUCGUAGCUCUUCGAAAAAGGGUUGCCAAACUUGCCUAUUAAUGCGCACGACGUCGUGUCGUUGGAAGUUUCUCCAGGGAGGUCGGCUAAGAGUGUUGUCUCCACUGGCCAGCUUUUAGGUGGAAAGGAUGACCUGUGUCACGUUUUUGGGUGGCCAUGGUACCCCAUCACAGAAUCGCCGGGCAGUGUAUACACCAACCAAUGCCCUGACUGGCUUCUGGUCUUGAUGAUGAGUGUGCCACGCUAUGGAGGUAAAUUUACGAAUGAUUUGUAAUCGCAGUUGGGAAUUGCGAAUAGAAAGGCUUCAUGCAUGUGCAUUCUUGCGCCGAAUGCUGUAACAUACUUCACCCCUGUGUUCUCAAGGUAUGGACUGGAUCCCUUUCGAAAUCAAUCCACAUUUCCACAGACUUUGAGUGUACACGCCAAUCAGCUUCGAGUUUCGAAAAGGAAUUCCGUUAGCAAACCAAUUGCUUGUCUCACUUUAACCUGUUCAGAAAAUUGCUUUUUGAUCCUGAUAUCGCCAUGCGCCUGUGCCACAACCAGGACUACCAUGGUGAACUCAACUCCCUGUUAGCAUUAUAGAGAUCUUUCGAUCUGCUUAGAGAAUGGUUCUUGGACUUGCACAUCUUCAGCGGCGUUAUUGCCUGAAAACUCAUAUCUAGUAUAUAAGGAUUAACGCGCAACAGCAAGAACAUUUCUGUUUGAAGAAUGUAUGUUGUAAAAAGGAAAGGAAAUUGUUGUUAUUCUUAUUCAAUAAAGUAAUUAUAAUAUUGUACGGCUAACAUUGUUUAUAUCCUGACAACCAAGAGGUGAAGCUAAACGACUAUUCCGUGUGGAAGUUCUUCUUUGGGCACCUGGAUCGGACCUCUUGUCGUGUGCAUCAAGAGUAACCCCGGUAAGGUAAUUGCCCAGGCAGACUGCGAUGGCUUCGGCAAAUGCAAGUUGUGACAUAUUCUCUGCAGAUUGCGAAGGUAAGUUGUGACAAUGAUUAAUGGUAGUCGAUCAAAUGUGGGGAGAAGCAACAUAAACGUGAUUUGUGGACAACUUUGGAUAACCUACUCAUGGUAGACGAGAUUAGGCAGCUGUAUGAUGUCCAAACUAAUGACACUGCGAAAAUACUUAAUGAGAUUUUAAUGAUGAAGGACAGAAGAGCCUACAGUAUAUCUGAGCGAAAUGAAAUGACAGAUGUGAUUACCUGGCUGGCUUGUUCGUAAUCAAAUCUUUGUGACAUAUCGUAUUUUUCACAUCGCACCGGCAUGUAAUACGCACGCGGCACGAAAUGCCAGUUGUUGUCCAAUUGUAUUACAUACGAAUAAAUAUAUAUAUAAUACUUAUGUAUAUCCUUAAUGAUUACUAUUGCCAUCGGCUCACUUCUCGCAAUUUGAGCAACUUUCGCUGUAUACCACCUCUGUGGACUAGAUUUAAAGGACAUAUCGGUAAUUCAACAUAUCGGUGGUCUGCAAACUGAGUUAGAUUCAGUACUUGAUGUCCUUUGAGAGGACUGUGGAAAGAAACUGAUCGCAGUGUUACCGGCCCAUUGGUUCUUCCUGACGAAUGAUGUCCUUCAUCCUCAAGAGGACUGUGAAGAGCAACUGACGGGAG